GGUGGGUUACCGAAGAGCUGUAAACGAUGGCUAUGGCGCUAAGAUGCUUCCGUCGUCUGCCUUCCCUGCUUUGCCGUUCUUCGUUCGCGAUGACGCGGGGGCUGCCGCAGGCUCCUGCGCCCGCCCCGGCCCGGACCGGCUGCGGGCAGCGCGUCCACCAGAUGCUGCUGACCAGACAGCUAGCUACCAAGAAAGCUAAAGGUAAAGGGCAGAGUCAAGCCAGACUGAAUAUCAGUGCUGCCCUAGUUGAGGAUAUUAUCAAUUUGGAGGAAACCAAUGAAGACAUGCAGGCGGUGGUAGAAGCUCUGAAAGAAGAUUUCAGCAGAAAUCUCAGUGUUAGAACCUCACCAGGGGCCCUUGAUCACAUAAUCGUGAUGACAAAAGAUGGGAAGUUUCCGCUGAACCAGCUGGGCCAGAUCUCACUGAAGUCGCCGCAGCUCAUUAUGGUGAACAUGACCAAUUUUCCAGAGAGCACAGCUGCAGCUAUGAAGGCUAUAAGGGAGAGUGGCAUGAACCUGAACCCAGAAGUGGAUGGGACAAUAAUUCGAGUGCCAAUUCCAAAAAAUAUGCAAAGAUACCUACUAUGGGGAGAAAGGACUCAAAAAAAUCCAUUUGAGAAAACCAAAGCUGUUUCUGAGCUGCGUUGCUCCGGAUCGCUCAUCAUCACAAGUCUCUCGCAUGCUUUUUGUUGAGCAAUGUAUGUUGCACCCUAUGUUUAUCUGCAAUUAUGC